CAAAAUAGUCCGCUGUCUCCGAUUCUAUAUGAGCUACGAGAAAAUGGCCGCCCGAUCAUUAGGAAGUCGGUGGAGGACUAUUAUCACUGUUAUAUUGACAGCGGAAGUGACGUUGGUGACGUAUCAUAAUACAGGAAGUGUCGCGAUUGUAGGGAACAGCACGCAGUUGAGUGAGAAUUGAGCAGACAAUGGAAGUUGACUGCAACCCCAUGGAGCUGCCCAUCAAUGCCGUCUAUGACACGGAUUCCGAGCUGUGGGAUCUGGAGGGAGCAGACGUGAAGGACAUGAGGCUGGAGGCGGAAGCCAUAGUGAAUGACGUCUUGUUUGCCGUCGCUAACAUGUUUGUCUCCAAGAACUUACCGUGCGCUGUAGACAUGGCCUAUAUCAAUGUGGAGAUAAAGGAGGGGAACAAGUACUGCCUGGAGCUCACGGACGCCGGCCUGAGGGUGGUGGGCUUCGCAUUUGACCAAGUUGAUGAAAGUAUUCACAGCCAAUACCAUGAGACGGUCUACUCCUUACUGGACUCUAUCAGUCCGGCCUACAGGGAGGCUUUUGGGAACGCUCUGCUCCGGAGGCUGGAGGCGCUGAAAAGCGAUGGACAAUCCUGAUCAUCUGUUGUGCAAACAUUUAUAUUUUAUUGUUUUUAUGACCCUCAUAUUAUCCAUUCACUUCUGACUCAACUACAUAAAGUAUUUUAAAGGGUACUCCCCUGGAAAAACUUAUUUUUUUAUUUUUUUUUAAUUUUUUUUUAAAUCAACUGGUGCCAGAAAGUUAAACAGAUUCGUAAAUUAUUUCUAUUUAAAAAU